CCGGUCACGCGGGGCGCGGGCGGUGACGUUCUCGCGAGAGUUGCGGGUGUAUGUGGGCAGUGCGGGCGGAAGUGCGGUCCUUUCCCGCGGCGCCGAGGCCUGAGCAGGAUGAAGCUCAACAUCUCUUUCCCAGCCACUGGCUGCCAGAAACUCAUUGAAGUGGAUGAUGAGCGCAAGCUGAGAACAUUCUAUGAGAAACGGAUGGCCACGGAGGUCCUGGCUGAUUCCCUUGGUGAGGAGUGGAAGGGAUAUGUUGUCCGGAUCAGUGGUGGCAAUGACAAGCAAGGCUUCCCCAUGAAGCAGGGUGUCCUGACUCAUGGACGUGUCCGCCUUUUGCUCAGCAAGGGCCAUUCCUGCUACCGCCCCAGAAGGACCGGAGAGAGAAAGCGCAAAUCUGUUCGUGGCUGCAUCGUUGAUGCCAAUUUAAGUGUCCUGAACUUGGUCAUAGUGAAAAAAGGUGAAAAGGACAUUCCUGGGCUGACGGACACAACUGUGCCCCGUCGUCUUGGUCCCAAGAGGGCGAGCAGGAUCCGCAAGCUGUUCAACCUGUCUAAGGAGGAUGAUGUUCGCCAGUAUGUUGUGAGGAAGCCUCUGAACAAAGAGGGAAAGAAACCCAGAACUAAGGCUCCUAAGAUCCAGCGGCUGGUGACUCCUCGGGUGCUGCAGCAUAAGCGCAGACGCAUUGCUCUGAAGAAGCAACGCACUCAGAAGAACAAGGAGGAGGCAGCAGAAUACGCAAAGCUCUUGGCCAAGAGAAUGAAGGAAGCCAAGGAGAAACGCCAGGAGCAGAUUGCAAAGAGACGCCGGCUUUCUUCAUUGAGAGCUUCUACAUCUAAGUCUGAAUCAAGUCAGAAGUAAAGAUGUACAUGAUAUUAAAAAUAAACCCUUUUUGUGGUUAACUUUCAGUGUGAGACUUUCUAGUGCAUGUCGUUACCAGCCAUCUCUUAAAUAGUUCAGACUAACUGCAUCACACAGACCAAACUGGAAUCACAAAUCUUGGUCUUGAUUAAAUUCUCUUUGAGAACUUUG